AGCGGCCACGAGUGGCGCGCGGCGGUGUCAGCGUGAGUGAGUGCGCUACGUGCGCUGUGUAUUUGUUUCAUUCUCGUUGCAAGCGAAGCUGUCGAAAGCAUGACGCAAGAAAGCCAGAUACCUCCUCCCCCAGUCAUGUGGGCUCAAAGAAAAGAUAUCUUAUAUGUUACUAUCUGCUUAGAAGAUUGUAAAGAUCCUGUUAUUGAAAUCGAACCAGAAAAGAUAUACUUCAAAGGAGAGGGAGGUACAGAUAAAAAAAUGCAUGAAAUUACAAUUAAUCUGUACAAAGAAAUUGAGCCCAGCAAAACCAUAAAAAAUAUGAAGGGUAGGACUUUUGAGUUGAUUCUUGCUAAGAAAGAAGAGGGACCAUAUUGGCCACGAUUAAUUAAAGACAAAACAAAGGCUCACUGGUUAAAGAGCGAUUUUAACAAAUGGAAGGAUGAGGACGAUACCGACGAAGAAGGUAAUCCGCCAGAUUUAGAAGAGAUGAUGCGACAGAUGGGUGGUCUAAGCGGCUCGGGCGAUAGCAAGCCAAAUUUUGAUGAGUUGGAUGAAUUAGGGGACAACGAUGCUGAUAGCGAUGAUGAAGAUCUUCCUGAUUUAUAUGACUAAAGCGAUAAAAAUAAUCACAUCGAUCAAGUAAUUAAUUACAUUAAAGACAAAUGGCAACCUAAGGAUAGUGCACGAACGGGCAAUAUUUCAGUAGGCCUUGCUGUUUGUAUCUUCAAUUGCAAAUUUGUUAAAAUGGCCGUGUUGCUAGUAGCAAACGGGGCGCGUAAACUGGACUGAAAAAAAAA